AUGCGUUUUUCACAUUUUUUAAAGUACAACGCUGUUCCUGAAUGGAAGAGCCAUUAUAUGGACUACAGCGAUUUGAAAGAUUUAAUCUACAGUUUGCAGACAGAACAGAUUAGACUAAACGGCGGGAAUGUUGAAUUUGAAGAUACAGAUGGGCCAGCAAGUGGACGUAAUUCCCCUAUAGUUGGUGCCUCAUCUCCUAAGCAUAUUGCCAAAAGGCUAUUGAAAAAUAAAAUAUUUGGUAAGAGUAGUACAGGAGGCCCUCAGCCUGAUGAUUCUAUCCAGGAGGAAACUUUUGAGUUAGAAGAACUUCCAUCACCGAAACUAGCACCAAAAAGCUUCUCAUUGAAAAAGCUAAAGGAGAAAACAUUUGAAUCACGCCGUUCUUCGUUCUCUAGUGAUGCAAAGACUCUGUACAAUCCCUCAGAUGUGUUUUCAAACCGUCUAGAGGAAGAGAAAACCAAAGUCGAUGAUUUUUAUAAACGACUUGAGGCAAAGUUCUACGAGAAAUUCGAUACAAUAGUUCAUGACCUAGCUAAGGAGAAUGUUUUUCCGUUAUCAGCAGAAGGGCAGGAGGAAACUCCAUCACAUAUCUAUGGCUCCAAGUCCAUACAUUCCAAUGAAGAAACUGGUGCGCAAUCCUAUCAGCAGCGAUCAGAUUUUUACUCUGAGGAGGAAUUUGAUGACGAGGAGGACAUUUAUGGACAGCAGGAUAACACUGCUCUCUUGAGCUACUCCCAAUUCAAUGUGAAAUCGCAGAAAACUUCGCUCUUGAAGCAGGCAAUUGCGAGCUUGUACGUUGAUCUCUGCCAGCUAAAGUCUUUUAUUGAGCUCAAUCGCAUUGGGUUCAGUAAGAUUACCAAAAAAUUUGAUAAAGUUAUGAAAAUGAACAUGAGGGAAGAGCUAAUUCAGUCCGAAAAAUUCUAUCAGGAUACUUACGCUUUCCAACCCUCAACUUUGAAACUAUUGAAUAGUAAGAUCGCCAGGACCAUCGAAUAUUAUGCGGUCAUCAAAGGACAACCAUCGAACAUCGAAGGGUGUAAGCAUGAAUUGAAAUCUUUCUUACAUGAUCAUAUUGUCUGGGAAAGGAGUAUAAUCUGGCAAGAUAUGCUUGGGUUGCUCUCGCAUGAUAGGGGCACUGACAAUGUUCAAGCGACCACUGAGGCCGACCACAACAAAUUGCAGAUAGAAUGGUAUGUUUAUCAUCUACCAAGACCUUUGAACUUCAAGUUUUUCACAAUCACCAAAUUCAUGAUACCAAAGUUAUUUUUCACUUUGAAGGCGUUUAAAAUUGCAUUCAUCAUUACUCUCACCGGUGUCCUCUUAGGUGUCAAGACUUUCAAUGACGAAGCACAGCACCGUUGUAUGGCUCUUGUGGAGUGUGUCGCAUUUUUAUGGGCCUCUGAAGCGAUCCCACUAUAUGCCACAGCAUUGUUGGUUCCAUUAUUAGUCGUGUUGUUUCGCGUUUUAAAGGACUCUGAAGGUAAUGUUAUGGGAGCGGCUUCAGCAUCGUCAGAAAUUUUAUCUCAAAUGUGGUCUUCUACUAUCAUGAUCUUGCUGGCUGGUUUUACCUUGGGUGAAGCUCUAGCUCAAUACGAUAUAGCUAGAGUUCUUGCGUCAUGGUUACUGGCAAUUGCUGGAGCAAAGCCAAGAAAUGUCCUUCUGAUGGCCAUGAGUGUCGUUUUCUUCUUGUCUAUGUGGAUUUCCAACGUGGCUGCCCCCGUAUUGACCUAUUCCCUACUGUCACCACUACUUGAACCUUUAGAGGCGUCUUCUCCCUUCGCUAAGGCACUCGUACUGGGAGUCGCGUUAGCGGCCGAUAUUGGUGGGAUGGCCUCACCGAUCUCUUCUCCACAAAACGUUAUCUCUAUGAAUUACUUGAAACCGUAUGGGGUCGGGUGGGGCCAAUUUUUCGCAGUUGCAUUACCUACUGGUAUCCUAGCCAUGCUGGGGGCUUGGGGAAUCAUGUGUUUUACGUUCAAGUUCCAUCAUAUUAGACUAGAGAAGUUUACUCCAAUCAAGACAAGGUUCACUAUUAAACAGUACUUCGUCAUCGUUGUUUGUAUCGGUACGAUCCUGCUAUGGUGUGUCGAAUCUAAGGUUGAAGGAGCUUUUGGUUCGUCCGGUCAAAUUGCUGUCAUACCUAUUGUUCUAUUUUUUGGUACAGGUUUACUUUCUACUAAAGACUUGAAUUCAUUCCCUUGGUCAAUUGUAGUUCUAGCCAUGGGUGGUAUUGCUUUGGGUAAAGCCGUGGCGACUUCAGGAUUAUUGGGAACUAUAGCGCGUGCACUUCAAAGAAGAAUUGCGGACAAGGGUCUGCUGGCCAUUUUGUGCAUCUUUGGUAUUCUUAUGUUGGUCGUAGGCACUUUCGUUUCGCACACAGUGUCCGCUAUUAUCAUCGUUCCUCUUGUACAAGAGGUUGGUGACAAGAUGCCCGCUAAGAACGCCGCUCCAAUUUUGAUCUUUGGCUGUGCAUUAUUAGCAUCUGUUGGUAUGGGUUUGCCAUCUUCUGGGUUCCCUAACGUCACAGCAAUAUCGAUGACGGAUAAGAAAGGUGAAAGGUUUUUGAAUGUCAACACCUUUUUAACAAGAGGAGUGCCCGCCUCCCUUUUCGGUUUUGUAUGUGUGAUCACCUUGGGCUAUGGUAUCUCCGUUUCCGUCAUCAAGGGUGUAUAA